AUGUUACCAAAGUAUAGUGUACAGGCGAGCACUGAGAAAAAGUUGAGGUCGGUGGCAAUGGAGAAAUGUGUACCAGCAGAGUAUACUAGCAGUCCAAUUGUAGAUAUUUUAGCAUCAUCUGUUAACGAUAACCAUCCCCGACCUCCGUCAUGGUUUGAUCUUGGUUUUACCGGUCAUACCUCGAAUGCGAAUCGAGAAAGACGUUCUGGUCGUUGUGCAGAUGUUAUUUGUGAACAGACGUGUAAAAAAGUGAAUGUAAGAGAAGAAAACAUUGAGUGCAAAAUGGUGGAAAAACGAGAAGUAGGAUUGUUGGAAAGGAUUGUUCGAAGCCAUCCGAUAUGGUAUUUACAGCAUAUUGGUCGUCCAGCAGCUACUCAUCUGCUCCGAAACAUGGAAGAAGGAGUAUUUAUUGUUCGUGCAUCUUCUAAACGUAAUGCUAUGGCAUUGAGUAUUCGCCUGCCGGUUGGGUAUGGCUUAGAUACCGACCAUUACCUAAUCGAAUCUGCUGAUUCUGACAAAAGUGUUCGGCUUGAAUCUUCUCCAAAUACAUUCACAUCGCUUCCUCUGCUUAUUGAGCAUUACUGCUUAAAUGGGUAA